CACCGUUCACUCCAAUCUGGUUCACUCUGUGUUUAUAAAACCUACUCUCUCAUGGAAACCUGUUUUAUUUCUGUGCAAUUGGUACGAUAGAUAAAAGCAAAAGAAAUACUAGUAAUACGUUUGAACGAAAAAAAACGACACAUUAAAAUGAGAAGGAUAGACUGAUUGAUGCCUUUACUUAUUCUGUCGCAGAAAAAACACACGCUAAAGUAGGCUAAUCAUCGCAAGCAAUUAAUAAUAUUAUGGAGGAAACGGAUUGAAUAAUUAUUUAUUUCUCACGACCGUUUUGAUUGUUUAUCUGAUAUAAAAUAAUCCGAAAAUGUGGUGUUAGUGUUAGGAGAAGCGUAUUUGAAGAUUGUUUUCUUCUUUGUUUCAUACUACUGUUGUGAAGUGACCAAGAGGUGGAAAGAAAUAUGGGGCUUUUGUGAAAAGGAAAGAAGACAUUCGUUUUAUCAUGGGCCCAAGGAGUGGUUUUGAUCUACACUCAAGUGACCGUUUCAUGAUGGUGUUCCUUUGAUUUACUAAUGAACUGUGUUGUUGGUACUGUAAAAUAAUGGAAGGACAGACAUGAGCGACUGGUGAAUGAAGAUAUCAACUGCUCAAAUCUGUGUAAAAGCAAAAUAGAGGCCUACAUGAAAACUGUCCAUAUUGAAAGCCUAGAAUUUCAAGUGUCUCAAAAGACUGGAGAAUAAUGGCCUUCUGAAUAAAACAAUAAUGAAAACAUAUAUGAUUUGCUCAAAUCUGUGAAAAACAAAUUAAUUUACACGAAAACUGCGUCAAAGCGUUUGUUUUUACUGAACAUAUUUAUUAACAGUCUGGAAUUCCACGUGUAAUUAAAGACUACAGGAAAAUGUCUUUCUAAUUCUAAACUCAAAAUGGGCCUUGUCGGAGCUGUGACGAGUCAGUGAUUGAAAAGACAGGAAGUUGUGUCACGUUAGAUUAAUGGCCAGUUUGUGGCUUAGACUGUGAGACCUGCCUUAAGUUGAGAGCGCCGUAAAAAAACAAAAAAAACAACCUCUACUAAAACCAAAGACUGUGUGGCCAUAAGCCGCGCCAAAAAUCAAUGGAGAUGAAAUCCGCGUCCCCAGGCUGAGUGAGAUUGAUGAUUGGGUAAACAUUUUCCUGGGCCUGUCACCUCUACUGGACGUCACCUACGGGCCUUGACCAGUGCUACGGUCAAGUCCGGACACAGAAGUUGAGACAAGCUGCACCUGCCACUGUGACGUCAGAUCAGCUGACACAGACCAACGCCUGGAUCUCCUCCAGUGACCACAGACACGUUCCCGCGUCCUCACACCCUCGUGGUUGAACAACAGAACUUCAGCCGCGCCGUUGUAGGGCCAAGCAGCUACAAUACCUCUUGAGACAACUGUAAAAUUAUUGCUUGGGACACCUGCAAAAUGACUCAUUCGUGAUACAUCUGUGGAGUAAUUUUUAAAGACAACAGUAUAAUGAUUGAUUGAGACCCUGCAAAAUGAAUGAUUGAGACAAACGUAGAGUGACUCAUUUUUCAGACAACUGUAAAGUGCUUCUUUCUUUAUUAAGAUAGUUGUAAAAUGGCUUCUUGAGAUAACGAUAUGAUGCAUACUUGAGCCAAUUGUGAAAUGGCUCAUUUUUGAGACAUUUGUAAAAUGACUCAUUCUUCAGAUAGCUGUAAAAUGAUUAAUUCUUGAGAUAACUGUAAAAUGACUCAUUCUUGGGUAUAAUGAAUGACUGAGACAACUGCAAAAUGAAUGUUUGAGACAAUUGUAAAAUGGCUCAUUCUUGAAAUAACUGUAAAAUGGCUAUUUGCUUGAGAUAACUGUAAAAUGGCUCAUUCUUGAGAUAACUGUAAAAUGGCUAUUUGCUUGAGAUUACUGUAAAAUGGCUUUUUGCUUGAGAUAACUGUAAAACGACUCCUGGAGAAGAAACAGUACCACGUUUGUGUUUUUGAUUGCAGCGAGUGGUCAAGCUGUUCCCUCGAUCAAUGCCACCGGCUUAUAACUUAUACAGUUUUGUCAUCUGAGAUUGGUUUACUCUUGAAUUUCUUGAAUUUGAACGAUGUUGCUUACUUAGAGAGACUCAAUAACACACACACGCACACACGCACACACAGCUGUUACUUGAAGUUUUCACUCUGUAGACAGGCGCUGAAAUGGAAGACGAUAUUAUGGAUCUUUAAACCGUUUGUUCUUACUAGGUAGCUUUCAAAUUACGAUUACCUUUCAGUGUAUCAGUGGUCCUGGACAUUCUUCGAUCAUGGGCAUUUGAUGAUUCUGCUGAAUUUCUUUGUCUGACUACAUUUAGUCUUCAUAACGUAAUAUUGUUUAAAAGUUGUUGAAGACCUCCUUGUAACGUUGACUGAUUAUCUAUAAAUGAUUGUUCUUAGUUCUUGAUUUGUAUUUAUUUCUCUUCAUUGAGGAGGAAAGAAAAAACAACAACCCCAUUGAACACAUUGCUAGCAAUGGGAAUAAUCUUAAGGUAGUGCAUGUAGAUCUACUUCCUACUCAUGUUGUAUUUACAUGUAUAGUGAAAAUUUAUUGCCUUAAAACUCAAAAUAGUUCUUGUUACAACAUUGUUAAUUAAACCUCAAAAAGGUCGACCUUACAGUACAUCCUUGACAGGUGAAAAUGCCGUCUAGUUCGUGUCCUCAGCUGUUGAGGGCACCCCUGUCUAUACCUAGGGACAGGAUGGGAGCGCAUUUACAUGUGCUCCGUGGUGCAGAUGCUAACCCUGCCCAGCAUGAGGCAGGGGUUCGAGCCCGUGUCCCAUCAUGGCUUGCCAAAAGCCCCGCUACGGCGGGGCACACAAUAUGGAAUUCGUUUACACAAAAAGCGCAUCAGAAAACGAGAAGUGCACGAUGGAGGAGUGGGGGUUGGAGGCGGAGCCAUGCCAGAAUGUGCGAAAAGAGAAGAGUGGGCGACGACAUGGUCAUGAUCACACUGCCGAGGCCAGCCCGGACCUGGGUAGUAAUAUAACGGGGGGUGACGGCAGCUCACUCUGCACCGUUACUUCCUCACGGCAUGCCGGUGGAACGUCAAGUUCCCAGACUCAUGAAAGGUUUUCAUCAUCCCACGAGAGUGAUAACCUGACCCAAGAGUAUAAAGAUGAUCCGGGAUCUUCGACCUCAGCCCAUGCUACUGUUGGAUCAUCUGAGACUGCCACGGGCCUCGAUGAAUACCACGAGACUGCCUACGUGAAGGCUCUCAUGUUCUGUUUCCAGAGACUUGGUAUUCAAGCUUGUCCGAAACCUUAUGCUCGUCUGGCGGAGCAGCCCAGGUCUCAGAGCUCUCCUGAAGAGAACAAAGAUGGGCGAGCUUGCUCUGACUAUGACGACACCGAGUUCACAAAGACCCCUAAACCACGGCGCGAUUGUAAAGAAGAACUCUCUGGGAUUUCCCCGUCGGGAAUCGGUAAUGCUAGUUCAGAAACACAUUGUCCCGCUGCUUUGUUGUACUGCAAAAAUCUCUUCCUAAAAGACCGCAAAGGGCAAUUCUAUCUCGUUAUCGUCAGCGAAAAUUCAUCUGUGGACUUGAAGCAACUGAAGCAAGAGCUAACAGCUCACCGGAACCUCUCCUUCGCGGACAAAGAUUCCAUGUGGUCGAUUCUCCGAGUAGAGCCUGGGUAUGUCUCUCCCUUCUCAGUCAUGCUCGACUCAGCCAAAAAUAUCAAGCUAGCAAUUGACAGGACAUUGACUGCGUCUGACACAAGACUGGCGUUUCAUCCCAUGGAUUCAACUUUACAGGUGGAGAUAACAUUUAAGGAACUCGAAGUCUUUGUAAAAAGCUUUGGACACACGUUGCAACUACUGGGGAAAGAUGACACAUCGCAGCCUCCAAUGACUGGGUCAAAAGAACCUACUUCUUUGAAGCCAGAGAGCAAGAAAAGAAAUAUACUCAAUAAUAAUGAGAUCACCAAUGUUUCUACAAAUUCCAAACCGAACGAGACUGGUGUCCACAAAGGCGAACAGUCCAUAACCAAUGUCUCAGUCACGAGAGAGGUGAAGGCCACCAGAGAGCGCGUAGACAACGAAAGUUCCACUCAGCUUGUUGGUUCUGGAGAGAAAACUGCAGAAAAAGAAACCCACGAAUCAGGAACUGAAAGACCCAAACAAACACCAUUUGAGCCAGAACCUAGAACUGAGAAAUCCAAGCGAAGACAAUGUGGGUCACAGCCAAGAAUUGAAAGACCCCAACAAAGGCAAUCUGAACCAGACCCAGGAAUUGAAAGACCGAAACAAAGACAAUCUGAACCAGAGCCAGGAAUUGAAAGACCGAAACAAAGUCAAUGUGAGCCAGAGCCAAAACUGAAAGACCCAGACAAAAACGACGCGAGGAAGAACCAGUCAGAGAUGAAAUUUCUGCUCCGUCACAAUCUUGCAUCGUCACACCAGCACGGUCUCCACACAGUGCAGGAACAAUUCCGGUGUCCACGUCCUCUUUUGUGAGGUUCAGUGGGUACAGCCGAAAGGGAAAGCUCAAAUCUUACCUAAGAAAGAACAACGGUUCUGAACAAAGCGCCGAGCCAGAUCAGAGAGAUCACGAAGCCACUCCGAGUUCCUGUGAAAAGAUUAAGCCAUUGGCUGAAGAUGCAGCGAACGUGUCCCUGAGAAACGACCCCGGAGAACAAGAAUUACUUUUAACCAAGCAGUCAAGAUUGCUACCAGAAGUCCAAAAUUUUUAUGAAACUUUAACCAAUUUUGGGAUCUCAUAUCGCGACAUUGAUAUUUCCUCUUCAGAUAGCAAAGACAUUGGCCCAUCUGUCGGGUGCCUCACUUUUCUUCUGAAGGACAAACGCCAGAAUUAUUUUGUCAUCAUUUCUCACGAGUUCUAUGAGCUCGACUUUGGUAGGCUGAAGUUUGCCUUGAAACCGAGGAAAAAGCUGGAGAAAGUUGACCACGUGGAAGUGAUGACAGCGCUGGGGGUUGACCCACUCCGGCUGACGCCGUUCGCUUACAAGACGGCGCACAGGGACAAAGGUUUCCGUCUGUUCCUGACGCAGAAAAUCUCGUCUCCCAACCUGGUCCUGUGCAUCCAGCACCCGUUCGCUGUUGGACAUCGCAUUGUGAUGACGUCAUCAGAGCUACAGCGGUAUUUCCGACUCGCCGUCGGGGCCGAGAUAGAGAUGGUGGAGGAGAGGCAAUGGCCGACUCGUUUCAACACGAUGUUUUCACAAUUCGAGAAGCUGAUUCAAGAGGGUUACAACCCUUUCAGUAAAAACAGUACUGGGACCCCAAACACUGAAGACAAAACAUUCCAAAAAGACGACUCCUCUGAGCGUGGCAAAGGCCGAGAGAUCGAUGGUUACAAGAGCAAAACUACAGCAAACGCACCAACAACUUCUGUUAGUUCUACGCUUAGACGCUUGGUGUCCAGAUGGUUUUUGCCUUUGCGUUGGUCAUAUCGUAGCCACGAAAACAAAACCCCUGAGGGAUAUACAGAGGCGGAAGGCAGCCCUGUAGACCCAGAGAGAUACGGGUCGUCCUCUUUGAGCAAAUCCCUCAUAGAUACAAAGUCCUCGGUGUCUGAAGAGAACAUGUCUCAGACGAUUGUAAAACCAAAAA